AUGUUCGUUUUUUUUUUGCAGGAAUGGAAUGAUGUAACGACUAAUAUUUAUGAUGCUGUUGAUCAACAUCUCGCACAAAGUCACGUCCAAUAUUUUACAGAUUUGAGCGAUCCUGAGAAAAGUCUUGUUCUUGAGCGUGCUGCCAGAUCGCUAAAAUCAGUGGGAGGAUCAAAUCCAUACGAUAAUCUAAACAAAAAGAUAUCUGAUUUACUUGAUAAAGGUAUCAAUAGUGACGUUUCAAGACAGCUAUUGAAAGAAGAUCCAUUAGAAACGAAGACGGAUUUAUUAUUAGCAAAAAUUUGUGAUGGAAUCGUUAGUUUAUUACGAAAAUGGCCGGAUCAAAAAUAUAAACUACAUGCAUUUCUUAAUCAACCAUUACCUCAACCGAUUCGUUUUGUUGGCUGGAAUGUAUUUUUAUCAAAUCAUAAUCACAGAAAUAAAUUUUUGAAAGAUUUAUCGACUAAUCCAAGAAGUAUUUUAUCCCCGAUGGAUGCUGAAAUUCAACGUAAUUGUGAUGCAUUCAUGGCUACUUUACCAGCUGGCCCAUCGAUGGCUGAUUCUCGCGGAAAUAUGAGUUCUAUGAAAGCUAUUCUGUCUUAUCAUCAUUCUUCACUGGGAAACAAGCGUGAUUUGGCUGAAUCGGAAUAUUAUUACACACUUCCAAUCGUUUUAUCGCACAAUCCACCGCUGCCUAGAAAUGAGAAACCGUAUGAAAAAUCACUUUCUAUUUUAAUUGAAAUGUAUCUGACAUUUUUGGAUAUUCUACCGCCACCAUUAAUUCAAAGUCAUUUGAAUUCAACCACACAGGAUUUGGAGCCAUGGUUUCGAAAAGUUGAAUUUCAUCUAAAAGAAAUUGAUCGACCAGUGUACAAUCAUCUUCGAAUGGUUUUAUAUCCACAAGGCGCACAAAUGGCGAAUUCUGAUGAUCCAUAUAUUGCACUAUUGUUGAAAAAAUGUUGUUAUCCAUGGUUUAAAUUUCUCUUUGUUGGCUGUCUCAACGUGGAUCCUCUAAUGUAUGUGUGGGAUCAAUAUAUUAUUACGAGUGACUUACCAAAUUUUCAUGAUGAAUUAAUACCAGCAAUUGCCGCUGCAAUGAUAAUAACAUUAAGAGAUUUUAUUUUACAAUGCAAAUUGACAUCUGAUUUGGAAACUGUUUUACAAAAGAAGACAAAUAUAAUUGUCACAAGACAAUUACAAAGUGUUAUUGUUCGAUUUUUUCUAAAUGGAUUUAAAGAAAGAAUAGCAAAAUCUGACUUUGGUCCGGUAAUUGAUCCAACAGAAGGACGUCACAUUGGAUGGACAGAAUUUAGUCGAGAUCGUGUUCCUCAUAUUGAUAAUCGACCAGAACAACGACUGAAUAAUCGUGAUAAAAAUGAACAUGCACUUUUACUUGAAAAACGCCUUCGAGAGGAAAUGGCUAAACGUGUUGAAGGCGAACGUUUGAUGCAAUCUAAAAUUGAUCAAUUACAACGUGAAGUUGAUCAAAUGAGAAUGAUGCCUCAAACAAAAUAUAUAGAACGAAUCGCAACUCCUCAAUAUCCUGUAGAAAGAUAUAUUGUCAAUUCAAAACCACCAGUAAAGUUUGCGCAUAGUGAAGGCACAAACAAUGUUGCUUUAAAUGAGCAAACAAAAUCAGAUGUUCGUGUACAUAAACUCGAUUUAAAAAUGGCUGAAAAACAGGUAUUUGGUCGUACGUUACAAUCACAUGAAUGGGACAAUUUACCAACAACACAAAAAGAUCAUUAUAGUCAACAAAUGUUGAACGCUGUUAAAAAUCGAAUUCAAAAUCGUUAUUCAUCAAUCAGAAAAUAA